GAUGCACCUGGGAAAGGAGGUGCCCAGCUCAUCACCAAACUCCAAAGCUGGCAGGGCGCUCCUUCACGCUGGAUCUGGGAAACUUUCAAAGCGAAAUGCAGUGGACAGACCUUUGAAGGGGUCCUCUUUCGGGGCUUCGACGCAAGUUCGAUGCAUGCAGCUACCAACGGGGGCUGCCCAGGAAGACGUCCAUGCAUCAAACAAAGCCCUGGGCUGUUCUAUCCGUCUCUCUGCAACCUGCAACAGGCAUUGCUGAAAGGGAAGCACUUAAAAGGGAGUUCAAUUGGUUUGCAGUUUGGCGAUUGCUCCAGCCAGGCUUUGCACCAUGAUUCAGCUAGUUGUAAAUUUUGGAGAGCUUGCCGCAGUCCGGGCGCAAUUUGAGCUGCUCAAGUGGAGCUAAGGGAACAGCUAACACUUUUCUGGUAAUGCACACAAUUGCAAAGCUCAACCUUUGGUUGGAACACGAGUCGGAUGAUAUCCCAGUCAUUCUUCAAACCUUCUGGCACGUGAUCUAGUUUUCUACCUUGGAUCCACUAGUGCGAGAACCGUCAACCCAGCAACCAGCAUCCAGUUCACAUACUUGUUAUUUUGAGGGAAAGUUCGCUCAGAAUUUUGGUCAAAGUUUCAAUGGGCAUGCCCGUCAUGGGCCUGCUUCCCAGAACAACUUCAAUGCCGGGGGGCUCACCACAGAAGUUGUACCGAGACCUUCCUGAGAUCCAGAUCCGGCGACAUUAUAUAGUUUUCAUGCUCAUCCUAGUUACUCCCCUGCUCUUCCUAGCCUUCUGCUUCUCAUCCUUCCUGUCCAAGCUGCAUGUUGACGACACUCAUAGCGCAAAUCUGAUGUUGCCAGGACUAGACUCUGCUUCCUUCCCUGACUGCUGCAAGUGUCCUGGGGAGCUGGAAUUCUCUGGAAACGUUGGGGCUGAGAAGCUUGUAAAAAGCACUGUGGGAGAUAUACGGGCUGCAGAGGGAAGUAUGGGGAAGGCUGGGGCGCAGACAGCCAGAGGAAUGUCAAGUGUCGGGGGCAUGGAGUUGGCGCGGCAGAGCGAUGAGAGAGGAAAGGGGCCGUUGCGCGUGUUUGUCUACGACCUGCCCAGUAACUUCACGAGGGAAUUUUACCAGCAUGAGGACGCUACGAAAACACCGUAUGCGUCGGAGUGGUGGUUCUACCAGGACAUCAUGCGCGACGACUCCCAGCGCAGCAACUCCGCGGCAGUUCGAGUGACUGAUGCGGACGAUGCCGAUGUUUUCCUCGUCCCCUUCAUGGCGUCCCAGGCGUUCAACUGCGACCGAAAGGAGCACUUUCUGCGGCACAACUUUCAGGACAUCUGUGGGAGCUUGUACAGGAAGGACCACGCACUGCAGGCCGAGCUCAAGUCGUGGCUGGAGGCGCAGCCGCCGUGGCAGCGGUCGGGCGGCAUCGACCACGUGGUGUUAGCAAUACAUCCGCUCGCACUCAACAGAAUCGACGACUUUUUGGCGCCCGCCAUCCACUUACUGGUCGACUUCGUUUUCAAGCAUUCGUCCAAGGCCAGUUUGGAGAAAGACGUGAUUGUCCCGCAUUCACACCUGGUGGAGUGGCUGCCGGACGAUCAGGUGGGAAUGGCCACCAGCGAGCGCUUCCUGGAGACUGCGGACAUCCUGCUCUACUUCGCAGGAGUCCUCGACAGAAAGGGCAUGGGUAAGCUGCGCUCCAGCCUGCGCGAGGUGCUGAUAAACGAGCCGGACGUGGUGAUCACCGGGCCAAGGGCCGGGGCAGGGCAGGGCGACCUCAAUGAUACCGCCAUAGGCUUGACGGCCGCCACCAUGCGGCGCUCAAAAUUCUGCCUGGACCCCGCCGGAGACACGCCGUCGUCCUCCCGACUAUUUGACGCCAUCGUAAACUUAUGCAUCCCGGUCAUCAUAAGCGAUGACCUGGAGAUCCCCUUUGAAGGCCAGCUCGACCUCAGCCAAUCAUGCAUAUUCGUGAGCGAGGCCGACGCGGUCCAGCCGGGGCUGCUGGUGUCAAAACUUCGGGCGGUGUCCGACGAAGAGGUGCUGCGGAGGAAACGGGAACUGGCCAAGAUACGUGAGCACUACACGUACAUCGAUUCCUGGCGGCGAAAAGGCAGCGCGCAGGCCAUGAUUUGGCGAGAGAUCGCCGCGCGACUGCCGACGAUUAAACUGCGAAUGGCGAGGCGGGCGCGGGGGGUGGAACGACGGCACGCCUCCACUUACGACAAGCUCGACCCGAGUCGCCUGAUGAAAGCCGAUCAAUAAGCUAAAUGACAGUCUUGGGCGGCGACCAGAUGUGAUCAAAUCGAAAGGCGUCCGGUGCAAAGAGCGCACAAACCGUCUUCAUAGGGUGGGUGAUAGGGUAGGAAGGUAUCUUCCGGUCACUUUUGUAAAGUAGUUUGGUUGGGCUUUGAACCCUCAUACGCUUACGGACUCUAGUAUAUAUGCACGGGUAUGUGGGACUGACAGGAGGCGAUGCACGCCACGAAAUAAAUGAGCAACAAAUAAAGCGGUGUGACGCCAACGCUAUUUAUAAGAUCAAAGUACAGCACAGCACAGUAAGCACGCACGAAUUAGAGUAGAUUUUAUAAGUAAGCGGACAACUAGAGGUGUUCAUGUAGGUGAAGGAGGGAGAGAGUCAGACGAGUAUGCUGCAAGAGCAUAUCAGAAAUACUGGUCGAACUUGAUGCACGCAGCGGGGUCCCUUUCUAAACAGCCCUCGAGGCUUCGAUUGGUU